AUGAAGAAGCAAGUUGCUCAUGUCUUGCUUGGUACUCUAUAUUUAGCGAGCAUCUACACGGUCCAGGCUGUUAAUUACAGCGGACCGAGAGAAGUACUUGAAAACCAGCCGUGGAGUAUAGUCUGUAUGGGGCUAAAGGCUAGCGAGAAAAUAAUAUGGACAAGAAACGGGCAACAGUUUGAAGAAUUAUCAACCGGCGAUAUUCGAGUAUUUAAACCGGAAAAAGGAGUCAGUGAAUUAAAGUCCGACCAUGCUACUGAAUUGCACGAGGGAAGCUACAAAUGUACCCCGAAUAGCAAUGAAUCCUUCCAUCUUACAGUUAAAACUGUUACAAAAAUCAAAGUCUUGACGAAGGAUGACGUACCGAUGAAGCUCGAGUGCGAGAACCAUACAGCUGGUGAAAAAGUUGACUGGCUGAAAGAAGGAGUUCCUGUUAGCGAAAAAUUCGCUGAAAAAGAAGACUGGGUUAAGGUGACUGAUGGAGUGCUUACUUUCUUUAAAAGUGAUCAUGAACUUCACGGAAAUUACACUUGUAAUACUACUGCUAAUGUUAGUUCUACAUCAUUCUUCAGAGUAGUUCCGAAACCAACAGCAAUUUUACAAAAAUCAGUGAGCGUAGUAGAGGGUGAAAAGCUGACUGUAAUUUGCAAGGGGAAUCAUCAUCCCGGAAUAAAAAUAAUGUGGGAGUUUGCUGGUAAAACUUACAACAAUAGCGAGGGCCGUGUUAAGUUGUUGACUGACGAAGAGCGAGGAAUUAAUCGUGCAGUACUAAACGUUGAGAACAUCGAAAUGAACGAUCGCGGGAACGUCACUUGUACAGUCGCUUAUGACUGGAAUGACACUGCUAACCACAUGAACAGCACGAUAGCAUUACUCCGAGUGAAAGAUAAAUUAGCAGCUCUAUGGCCAUUCCUCGGAAUCUGUGCUGAAGUCGUCGUCCUCUGUGCCAUUAUUCUCAUUUAUGAAAAAAAACGUAAUAAAUCAGAACUCGAAGAGUCUGAUACUGACCAAAGUCCUGAUACCAAGCCAACACCCAACAAGGACUCUGAUGUGAGACAGAGAAAAAAGCAGUGCGUUAAGGCUCCAUAUAAUAUUAAAGACGAGAAUCAGUGUGAGGAUGUUGCAUAG